CAGGCUCCGAAAGGUUUAUUUGCUACCUCUGAAACAUCAUCUCCUCGGACAGUACAGACAGACUCCUCCCAACACCACGCGAGCCUGUCGAUACUCCGGCGAUUGAGUUCGGCACGCUUCGACGUUUUCUGGAUCGGUUAGGGCUUGUGGGUUCUUGGGGAAUGAGGAAUUUGGAUAUGAAUACAGAUCUUUUCGACCCGAGGUCGGUGAUGGACUCGGAUUUCUCGCGGGGUCCAUCGGCCGGGGAAGCCGAUUUUGGGUUCGCUUUCAACGACAGCAACUUUUCCGACCGGGUGCUCAGGAUCGAGAUCGUGGCUGACCCGGCUGAAAAUGGGCACGAUUCGGAGGGGUGCACCAGUGUUGCCGAUUGGGCCAGGCACCGGAAGCGGAGGCGAGAGGAUAUCAAGAAAGAAACAGGUUGUCCACCAAGCUCACCUCCUGUGGUCACAAGGGACACUGCUAUACUAUUGGAUGUUGUCAUCCUAGUUCUGGAUCUCACUGCAUGCCCUGAGGAGCAAAUUUUGAACUGUAACCAGCCUGAUAUGGAUGAUGGUGCAGGGUGUGAAAACCCAGAUGAGGAAGUAGAUGCAAUGAGUGAAGAAUCACGUUCAGGUGAUGAAGCUGGAAAUAGCAAUGAUUCUAGUUGGAUCACGGAUUGUCCUGCAGUUUUAAGAGUUAAAACAUUACAUAUUAGCUCUCCUAUUUUGGCAGCCAAAAGUCCGUUCUUCUAUAAGUUAUUCUCAAAUGGGAUGAGAGAGUCAGAGCAGCGACAUGUAACCCUUACCAUCAAUGCCUCCGAAGAAGUUGCCCUCAUGGAGCUACUGAAUUUUAUGUACAUCAAUACCUUAUCCGUCACUACAGCUCCUGCUUUGCUGGAUGUUCUUAUGGCUGCAGACAAAUAUGAGGUCGCCUCUUGCAUGAGGUAUUGCAGUCGACUAUUGCGGAAUAUGCCAAUGACACCUGAGUCUGCAUUGCAUUAUCUUGAGCUUCCUUCCAGUGUUUUAAUCGGUGAAGCGGUCCAGCCAUUGACUGACACUGCAAAGCAGUACCUUGCUGCCUACUAUAAGGACAUCACCAAGUUCCAGGAAGAGGUGAUGGCCUUGCCCCUUGCUGGAGUAGAGGCAGUAUUGUCCAGUGAUGAUCUCCAGGUUGCAUCAGAGGAUACUGUGUAUGACUUUGUGUUGAAAUGGGCUAGGAAUCAGUACCCAAAACUGGAGGAGCGGAGAGAAAUCCUUGGCAUGCGCCUGGCACGCUUCAUUCGCUUCCCUUUCAUGAGCUGCCGGAAGCUUAGGAAGGUUUUAACCUGUAAUGAUUUUGAUAAUGAUGUGGCAUCCAAACUCGUAAUGGAGGCCCUCUUUUUUAAGGCCGAGGUGCCACACCGCCAACGCAUUCUGGUUGCAGAAGAGUCCAACACCCCAGCCCGUCGCUAUGUGGAGCGGGCCUACAAGUACCGCCCUGUCAAGGUGGUAGAAUUUGAACUUCCCAGACAGCAGUGCGUGGUUUACCUGGACCUGAAGCGGGAAGAGUGUGCAAAUUUGUUCCCUUCUGGACGGGUGUAUUCACAGGCAUUCCAUCUGGGUGGCCAAGGGUUCUUCCUGUCGGCUCACUGCAACAUGGACCAGCAGAACUCUUUCCACUGCUUUGGGCUGUUUUUAGGGAUGCAGGAAAAGGGGUCAGUGACAUUUGCAGUAGACUAUGAAUUUGCAGCAAGAUCAAAACCAACCGAGGAAUUUGUCAGUAAAUACAAAGGCAACUACACAUUCACCGGGGGCAAGGCAGUCGGCUACCGAAACUUAUUUGCUAUACCAUGGACUUCCUUCAUGGCUGAUGAUAGUCUCUACUUUAUCAAUGGAGUCCUCCACCUCAGAGCUGAGCUUACCAUCAGGCUCUGACUCCACGCAAUUCCUGUUUCUUAAAGCUGUAGAUCGAUUUGCCCUUUUAAUUGGUGGGCCUAACCUUUUCUUUUGUUCUGUUUUCCCAGCACCUUUUCUCCCAAAUGCUUGUAAUAAACCAGGCAUUACUCUCCUCUCGAGAUACUUUCUGUAGCAGAUUGUUGAGUGAUGAUUCCAAAUAAUUCUCUCGUUCUGAGUCUACUUGUGCGUGGAAGGAACGAGGGUAAAAUGUAAAUAGGUUUGAGUAGGUUGCAGAAUCAAUACCGUUUUCGAGUUCUGUUUUC